CUUGCAGUCCAACGCUUACACCCGCAAGCACGUUUCCCCCAAAAAGCCCAUGCCUCUGAUGUAGGAUUCGACAUAUUCAGCACAAACUCGGUGACAAUUGGUGCCCAAUCGACAGGGUGCGUCCCAACAGGCAUUGCAUGCAGACCACCUCUCGGGUCAUAUUUACAGAUUGGUAGCCGCAGCAGCCUAGCAGCCAAGGGCGUCGUCGCAGUUGGUGGUGUGAUUGAUCCCAACUAUACAGGGGAGGUUACAGUCCUACUACAUAACAGCACAGACACCAAAUAUGUAGUAGAUGCAAACACCCGUAUCGCCCAACUGAUCCCACUCCAUUUCGCUCACCCGAACAUCGUUGAGGUCUCCAGCCUAGGCAAAACCGACAGAGGUACAAAUGGGUUUGGUUCCACUGGU